CGUGCAUAGAGGCAAGCAGGACGGUGGCUUCUGAGGGUCGAAAAGGUUUGGAAGCGUCGUUUGAAUCAGAGGCGCCUGUGCGGGAGAAAGGCGGGUCCAUCUAUCCCGGUUUGUGUCGUUCCGGAUGCCGCUGCCGGUGGCACUCCAGUCCCGCCUGGCAAGGCGAGGGCUGCUGAAACACGUAGAGCCCGAGCCGGAGGAAGAAAUCAUCGCCGAAGACUAUGACGACGACCACGUGGAUUACGAAGCCACGAGGAUCGAGAACCUGCCACCGAACUGGUACAAAGUCAUCGACCCCAUCUGCGGCUUCCCUUACUACUGGAACAUCGAGUCCGAUCUGGUCUCCUGGCUCUCGCCCAACGACCCCAACUCCGUGAUCACGAAAGCAGCCAAGAAGCUGAAGAGCAGCUUUGACGCCGAGGACAAAGUGGAGCGCUUGCUUGAGAAGGUGGAGCGGGAGGAGGCGAAGGAUCGUCGGCACCACCGGCGGGAGGAGCUGGCGCCGUACCCCAAGAGCAAGAAGGCAAGCCAGAAGGAUGAGGAGCUGGACCCCAUGGAUCCCAGUGCUUACUCUGAUGCCCCACGGGGGACCUGGUCUACGGGGCUGCCCAAGCGCAACGAGGCCAAGACGGGCGCGGACACCACGGCUGCCGGUCCCCUGUUCCAGCAGCGCCCUUAUCCGAGCCCCGGAGCCGUCCUGCGGGCUAAUGCGGAAGCGUCCCGGGCCAAGCAGCAGGACUGAGCAUCCCCUCCCUCCCCUCCCCACCGUGUUUCAUAAUAAAGCU